UCAGCCGAUGAAGCUGCUGCAUUGAAAAGUGAUCUACAAGAUGAACGGGAACAAUCCGAUCAACGUGAAUCUCUCUUCAGUGAAGAAGACGAGUUCGAUGAGGAGGACAUGCAAAUCAUGGGCUCGUUAUUCACACAAUUUUUGGCCGAUUCCGAAACGCAGCUCAUUCUAGAUAUGGAUUUCUUUAAGCAUUUCUUCAACUAUGCGGAAGCUUACAGAUACGGUAUCGAAGAAGGCAAUCUGGAUUUGAUGCGAUACGCGGUGAAAUUUGUCGACAAACUCAAAGAGUUUGACGUGUCUUCAGUGUUGGACGCUAUGGGAAAAGUGCCGUCAGGAAAUCACUGCUGGGAACAAUCUUUGGGUUGGGUCAUGGCAUACCUGCAGGAAAAUUCAUGUUGUGUGAAAAAUAAUCAAGGUCAGAAGUGGAAUGGUCAAUACUGCAUGGCACAUCUGGAAGCCUACGAGAGGAACAAUCCGCUGAAAGUUCUUGAUGCAGGCGGGGCAGUCGAUGCUCAUUGCUUCGCUGAAGAGGACGACGAUGGUCGCUGUUUCACGCUUGUUCCAAUGCUCAACUUCGGUGUGUGCAUGCCAGAUUCAUGUACCGACUACGACGUCACUCGGAUGAUAACCUUC